UCAAAUGCAUGAAAAUAACAAAGAUGGCUGAAGAACAGGAGGUGAUCCAAAUAGAGCUUCUAUGUAAGCAGCUCUAUGAAUCUCAAGACCAGGCUCUCAGGGAUCGAGCUGAGAUUGCUGUUGUUGUCUUUCAGGAAUCCCCAGACACAUUAAGCAAAUGUCAGGCGCUCCUCGAAAGAGCGGAUUCGAGCUAUUCCCAACUGCUAGCGGCUACAACACUAUCAAAGCUCGUGAGCAGAUCAACGACCAGUCUCUCCGUCCAGCAACGGUUGUAUAUACGCAAUUAUGUUCUCAAUUACCUCGCAACAAGGCCGAAACUUGCAAAUUUUGUUAUACAGGCGCUGGUCUCUCUGUUUGCGAGGAUCACGAAACUGGGAUGGUUCGAUAUGGUCAAAGAGGAGCUGGUCUUCCACAGCGUCAUGAACGAUGUGUCCAGUUUUUUGCAGGGUCCAGCUGACAUGUGCACAAUCGGAGUACAGUUGCUGUCACAGCUGGUGGUCGAAAUGAACCAGGUGUCGGAGGCGGACGCCAGCAGAUCGCUCGCCAAACACAGGAAGAUCGCCUCGUCUUUCAGGGACACGCAGCUGUUCGAGACGUUCCGGCUGGCGUGCUCGCUGCUGGGCGAGGCGCUGGGCGGGCAGCCGGCGCUGCUGGCGGCGCUGCUGCGCCUGGCGCACAACUGCCUCACCUUCGACUUCAUCGGCACCACGAGCGACGAGUCGUCGGACGACCUGUGCACCGUGCAGAUCCCCACGUCGUGGCGGCCCACGUUCCUGGAGGCGGGCACGCUGGAGCUGUUCUUCUCGCUGUACCACGGCGGCGGGGCGGGCGCGCCGGCGCUGGCGCUGGCCUGCCUCGUGCAGCUCGCCUCCGUGCGCCGCUCGCUCUUCUGCAACAGCGAGCGCGCCAAGUUCCUCAACCGCCUGGCCGCCGGCGUCAUGCGCAUCCUGGAGGACACGCAGGGCCUCACCGACGCGACUAACUACCACGAGUUCUGUCGUCUGCUCGCGCGGCUCAAGUCCAAUUACCAGCUCGGCGAGCUGGUGAUGGUCGAGAACUACCCGCGUCUCAUAGAAUUGGUUGCGAAAUUCACCGUACAAAGUUUACAGAUGUGGCAGUUCGCGCCGAACUCGGUGCACUACCUGCUGUCGCUGUGGCAGCGCAUGGUGGCGUCCGUGCCGUACGUGAAGGCGUCGGAGCCGCACCUGCUGGACGCGUACGCGCCCGGCGUCACGGCCGCCUACGUCGCCUCGCGACUCGACUCCGUGCCCAUCCUCGUCAGAGAAGGUCUCGAGGAUCCGCUGGAUGAGAUCGGCACGGUGCAGCAGCAGCUGGAGCAGGUGUCGGUGAUCGGUCGCUGCGAGUACGCUAAGACUUGCCAGCUGCUCGUGGCGCACUUUGACCGCGCCGCCGCCGCCUACAGCGUGGAGACCAACCCGCAGCAGCUGCUGGUGCUGCAGGGCCAGCUGACGUGGCUGGUGUACAUCAUCGGAGCCGCCAUCGGGGGCCGCGCCUCCGUCAACACGAGCGACGAGAACGACGCGAUGGACGGCGAGCUCGUGUGCCGCGUGCUGCGCCUCAUGGACCUCACGGACUCCAGGCUCGCCGCGGGUGGUUGCGAGAAACUCGAGCUCGCAAUGAUGUCGUUCUUCGAAGCGUUCCGUAAGAUAUACGUCGGCGAGCAGGUCCAGAAGAACAGUAAGGUGUACGGGCGUCUGAGCGAAGUGCUGGGGCUGAACGACGAGAGUCAGCUGUUGAGUGUUAUCAUGAGAAAGAUUAUAACAAACCUUAAGUAUUGGGGUGGUUCAGAGGCGAUCAUAUCGAAGACUCUCUCGCUGCUGGGCGACCUCAGCGGCGGGUACUCUUGCGUGAGGAAACUAGUCAAGCUGGAAGAGGUCCAGUUUAUGUUGACGCAUCACACGGCGGAGCACUUCCCGUUCCUGGGCGUGGGCGCGGGGUCGGCGGAGAUGCGCUGCCGCUCGCGGCUGUACAGCGCGCUGGGCCGCCUGCUCAUGGUGGAGCUGGGCGAGGACGAGGACCGCUUCCACGCCUUCAUGAUGCCGCUCACCGCUGCGUUCGAGAGCCUGCUGGUGCUGCUGGGCGCCGGAGACAACGUGUACGCGUCGGAGGACGCUAAGAAGACGUACAUAGGACUCGCCAGGGACCUCCGGGGACUCGCCUACGCCUUCAACACAAAAACCACCUACAUGAUGCUCUUUGAUUGGAUCUACCCGGUGUACCUGAAGCUGGUGCUCCGCGGGAUAGAGCUGUGGUACAUGGAGCCCGCAGUGACGACUCCAGCGCUGAAGCUUGCGGCCGAGCUCGCGCAGAACAGGAACCAGCGUCUCCAGUUCGACGUCAGCUCGCCCAACGGCAUCCUGCUCUUCAGGGAGCUCUCCAACAUCAUAUGCGCAUACGGCAGCAGAAUAUUGACCAUCGAUGUGAAUAAAAAACAAAUGUACACGAUGAAGCUGAAGGGUAUAUCGCUCUGUUUCACGAUGCUGAAGGCGGCUCUGUGCGGGAACUACGCCAACUUCGGAGUGUUCAGAUUAUACGGUGACGAAGCGUUAGACAACGCAUUGAACAUGUUCGCCAAAUUACUGUUAAGUAUACCGCAGAGCGAUUUAUUGGACUACCCAAAGCUGUCGCAGACGUACUACGUGCUGCUGGAGCGGCUGGCGCAGGACCACAUGCCGUUCCUGGCGUCGCUGCAGCCCGACGUGACGCUCUACAUCCUCGCCUCCAUCUCCGAGGGACUCACGGCGCUCGAUACCAGCGUGUGUACGGGAUGCUGCGCGACCCUGGACCACAUCGUCACGUACCUAUUCAAGCAGCUCGUACAGAAAUCGAGUAACAAGGUGCCGAACCCGCGCCAUCCGCCGCCCGAGACCAGCAACAUGUUCAUCGAGGUGUUGCAGCGCCGCCCCGAGAUCAUGCAGCAGCUGCUGGCCACGGUGCUGAACGUGGUGAUGUUCGAGGAACGCUGCAACCAGUGGUCCAUGUCGCGGCCGCUGCUGGGGCUGGUGCUGCUCAACGAGGAGCACUUCGGGCGUCUCCGGGCCGAGCUGAUCGCGCAGCAGCCGCGAGAAAAGCAGGCGCAGCUCGCGCACUGGUUCAACGGGCUGAUGCAGGGUAUCGAGAGGAAUCUCCUCUCGAAGAAUCGUGAUAAAUUCACGCAGAACCUCUCCAUGUUCAGGCGGGAUAUAAACGAUUUAUUAAAGGGGAGUUCCGUGACGACGUCAUCGGUGAACGAUAUGAUGACAUCGUAACCGUGACAGAUGUUUGCGCAUGCGUGGUGACCGCGACGAAACGGAUACAGCCUUAGGUAAGGCUUAGCACAAUACUAGUGCACAACAAUUGUGAUGUUAGUGCCGAAAUGUGGUAUUUGAAUUAUUAUUAUGAUGGCUGUACAUUUAUUUACCGUUGCUUUGUUUUUUUUUUAAUAUUUUUAACGCAAAGGUAUUUUUUUUUUUAAUUUAAAUUAGGUAAAAUUAUUAUGUAAUGUAAUCGAAAUUGUAAUGGAUUUUUUUAAAGCAAAUUAUAGAUAAGAAUGUUAUCUUAAGAAUUUAAAUUUAGAAUGAAAUAUUUCGAACUCAAGUCACAGAUUAAUAAGCGUCGAUUUCAUAAGUGUUUUUUUUAAUGCGGCAAAUGGGUUAUUCGAAAUACAAAUACCACAUUUUGUCUGUUUUAUUUGUAUCACUAAUCAAGUUGAUAGCGAAUGUGUUAACGGAAUCAUUUCCAUUCUAUCCCACUAGUGGGCAUUGAGUCUAUGAUAAGUUAUAUCUUGUUUAACGAAAUUGUUUCAAUCUAAAAAAAAGCCGAGUUAGUAAUAACAGGCACAAGGGACAUUUAAGAGUGUUAUACAUAAGAUUAAGAGAUCACAGAGUUAAUGUCUAUGGGCGAUGGUGACCACCUACCACCGGCUUAAAGAACUGGGAUAUUAAAUCACCGUAUUUAUUUUUUAAUCUAUGGUUCAUAGAUAACUUAGCAUAAGAUUAUUAAAAAUAUUAAUAAAAGAUAAAUUUAUGUUUUUACCCUUAAUAUGAAAAGCUACUUAUAUAAAAAAUAUUACACACUAAAAACUCCAAAGGCCGUAUUUAGAAAUCAUUUUUAGAAAUUAUUUAAAUUUAUUAAUUGGUAUAAUUAAAAAUAUUAACUGAAUUUUAUUAAAGAAGCGAACCUCGUCUGAUGUUUGCUUAUUGACAUUGCAAAGUCUUGGGGUUAUAUUAUUCAAAACGAAGGAGUAAAUAUAAACAAACCUUAGAUUUACAUAUUCCACGCGAUUCGCAGAUUCGCACUACGAACAGUUCUCGAUUAAUAUAUCUCUAUAUAUAACACGACACCAUUACACUCAACCACUUAUAUACACUUUAAUUUUACUUCCAAAGCUGUUAUAGAAACUUACUUGCAACUCUCUAACUACUCAGAACGGCAUUUUUUUUUAUAUUCCUUGCUUGACUUUUAUCAUAUUUGUUUCAACAACUCCUAAUAGAUACCGGGUUGUUAGUGUUUCGUGCGACAGAGACAACGCUCUACGAAACCGAAAUUAGCCGAUCGACUCUUUUCAAAGGUCGAUGUGCAAUAUUCAUUGACGGGUAUUAUGGAUUAUUCAAUAUUUCGACCAAUGGUAUCGCGUCAAUUCAAGAUCAAACUUGUUUAUUUGUUUACUCCUCUCGUGGUUUGAAUAAGCUAUUAUUGAGAAACAUUUUACUGGUGGUAGAGCUUUGUGCAAGCUCGUCUGGGUAGGUGCCACCCACUCAUCAGAUAUUCUACCGCAAAACAGCAGUACUCGGUAUUGUUGUGUUACGGUUUGAAGGGUGAGUGAGCCAGUGUAAUUACAGGCACAAGGGAUAUAACAUCUUAGUUCCCAAGGUUGGUGGCGCAUUGGUGAUGUAAGCGAUAGUUAACAUUUCUUACAAUGCCAAUGUCUAAGGGCGUUGGUGACCACUUACCAUAAGGUGGCCCAUAUGCUCGUCCGCCUUCCUUGGCAGGGGCCAGUCCGAUCAAUAUUCGUGUGACAUUAAAAUAUAAAUAAUUUUAUCGAUAUGAAAUAAUUUUAAGCGUAUUAUCCUAAAUGUUGAUAGUCUAAACUGUUUCCGAGUUCAAUGAUAACAGACGAACGAAUAUGUCGAAAGUAAAACUCGAUUUUGUCGCGUUUUUAAUAUGUAUAGUUUACUCAACAGUAUUUGAAUGGAUCGGUGCAGUUGUCUUAUUAAAAAGUAUAGGAAAUUAUAUACAAAUAAAAAUGAUGGAUGGUGUGGGAUAAAGGAGUGUGCCAAGGUGCUUACAAGAAUCGAUGUGAUAAUUCUCACGCACACAUUAACGCACUCACAAUAACUGAAGCCUAUUCCAAGCACACGUGAAAUAAGUUCCUCGAGGGUGCAAUGAGACCGAUGUUUUGCUUAAAAUAUUUUAAUUUAUAUAAACUUAAGACUAUUCGACAAUUGUGCAAUGUUCUUCCUGUCCUUAUCCCUCUACUUGGGGACGGCACCACAUGCAUUUUCCUUCCACUUCUCUCUGUCACUCGUCAUCAUCAUCAUCAUCAUCACUGAUGAUAUGUCACUCGUCAUCUCAUCACUUACCACUUUCAUACAAAUAUCCUUUCUUACGCAAUCCAUCCACACUUUCUUCGGCCUCCCCCUUCCCCUAUAUCCAUCAACAUUCAUACUCAUCAUCCUUCUAGUAACAUGCUUUUCAUCCUUGACUACAUGCAAUGUUAGUUACAAAAGUGAAUUAUAAUUUUACCAAAUUUAAUAAUAAUGCCCAAAGUAUUAUUAUUAUAUGGUUCGAUUAUACGAUGGAACGCAGCUUGCUGUGAUGGUGGUUUCCUCGGUACCACUGAGGUUAUACGGUUGCGUGGUACAAAUGGUGAACACAUAACAAGUGCAGUUAACCCAAAUAAACAACUUUGCCACCGAAUUGGUCAUCGGUCGAAAUCUUGAAUAAUCUAUGAUAUUCACUAUGGUUUCGCGAAAAAAUGGCGUUUUCAAUUCGUAAUCGGAUUUUCGAAAGUUAAAUUAAUGUGAUUAUAACUAGUUAAGUGGAAUUGUGUUGUAUUAUAAAUAAUGGUAAAAUAAUCAAGAACUGUUUAUAGUUCGUAAUACAGCAGACCAAUUAGCAAAUCGCAUGCAAUUUAUAAAUCAAUGGUUUGUUUAACUUUACUCUUCCGAUUGGAAUAGGGUUUACUGAUCUUACGCUGACAUCUGACGCUCGAAGUCUCAGUUAUACGGGGGAUACCCCUCCCGUGUAGCGGGCCCUGAAAUGUUUACACACACAUAUAUAUAUAUAUAACGUGAAAAUGCACAUUUCCUUAUAUGGGUUCUUUUUACAAAGUAGGCAAACACUAAAGAAGUGUUUUUGAAAAAUGAGCUACAGAAAUUUGUUUCUAAUGGAUUCUGAUUUAUGACGCAAGCGAAGCCGCGGGUUAAAGGUCUAGUUCAUAGUAUGAUAAUAAAAUUACAGAUACGAAAAAAAUUCAAUCGUUUUAAAUCUUCGUGUUAUUAUAAAUUCAAUGUUUUGUGUUAUUUCAUAUUGUAUAUAGUAUGGCAAGUUAAUAAAGUUUUAGAGAAUCGUUCAAAAUAUUUAGAAGAAAUAAAGUUAAGUCACAUACAUACAUACAUACGUAACGUGUGAUUGAAACGAUUGUGUCGUUGAAUAAUUCCGAUGUUCAAUUUCUUUUUAGUUUGUUGACGCAAGUCAAAUUGCUUUCGCGCCAUUAUAUCUUUUGACAGCGAGACAAAUAGUUUUCGCGCCAUAUUUUUAUCUUUUGACAGCUAAUCUGUCAUUUUUUGACAGCAAGUAAAAUACUUAAAAACUUUUAAUGUCGAUAAUUUUUUUGUAUGUCGAUUGGUGUGUUGUAUUUAUGAUUUUUGUGAGUUCUAUUAUGACAUAUGUACUUUAAGUUAAAUUGAGUAUAAAAUUUAUUUGUUUUUUUUUUUUAAGUAAAUGUAAUAUAAUGCCAGCAUCUCUAAUUUUUUUUUUACAAGAUUAUCUCUUUAAGGUGACAAGGUUUUUUUCGUAUGACGUACAGUAGGGUGUCCAUAAAUUAUUUUAGAUGACCGGACACCGAACUUUUUUUUUUCUAUUUGCUAUUUGAAAUAGGUAGGCAUACUGGUAAAAUGGCCAACUGAUGGUAAGUUUACAACCGGCCAAAGAUAUUGGCGCUGUGAGAAAUAUUAACCACCCCUUACGUCAAUGUACCACCAACCUCGAUAGCUAAGAUGUUAUGUCCCUUAUGCCUGUUACACUGGCUCACUCUUCCUUUAAACCGGAAUACAACAAUACAAAUUGUUUGCCGGUGGAUAUGUGGUAAGUGAGUCAUCAUCAUAUCCAGCCCACAUUCACUGCUAGACAGGCCCCCUCACAGGCGCGCGUAAGUAAGUACUAAACAUUAAUUAAAUCUUAUAUUUCCUCAUUAAUUUACAUUUUCUUGAGCUCAAUAUAAUCUUGUUCGAAUUAGUGGGACUCUACUGUAUAUCCGCAUAAGGAAUUGAAUAAUUUAUUUAUUUUCCUAUACUUUACCUUGAGACCUUUAAACGGAAAUGUUACAAGGUCAGCAGUACAGUUCAUUAAGAACUGACUUCGUCACUCGUGAAAUGUGACAACCGACACACGUUGAUACGCUAUUUUGACGCGUUUACCAUUUAAAUAUUAUAAUUAUUGGAGUCAAUGUCGCAAAUCACUUGAGUUGAAUUUGUUCCUUGAGAGUAAUUACAGAUUGGAAAUACUUUAUUAAAUAGCAGUGAUGUCCUUUUCUAGAAUGAUCGCUCUGGACGGCGGGACUCGGGCGUUCAUUUAUGUAUUCAUGACGUCAUUCAUCCAAGUUAAGUUUUAGAAUUUGAUAUUUUUGUAUUAGUUUUAAUAAAAACAAGUAUUUUGUAUCUUUGUGAUCGUUUUAAAAAAGAAAAAUAAAUGAGGUUUUAAGCAUAUUUAUGCUUUUAAGUAGCUAUCCAAAGGCGCGAUAUUUUAAAUUUCAUCCCUGCUGUUUAGUAACAUUGACCAACUUAUGUAUAAUUAAAAUGUUAAAGCUUUUUUUUAAUUUAUAUAAUAUAUUCCAAUAGCAAGAGGAGUAAAGAUAAACAAAACUUAGAUUUACAUAUUCAUCGCUCAUUCGCUAACAGCUCUCCUUUAUUGUACACUACGAACAGUUCUCGAUUAAUAUAUCUCUAUAUACAACACGACACUGUUACACUCAACUACGAAUAUACACUUUUAAUUUACUUCCAUAGUCCCGAUAUCUAUUUCGAUAUUCGAAACGCAUUUUUUUUUUAUGAAUUCAUAACGAAUACCACAGAUUAUAUUCGACCAGUGACGUCACGUCAAUUCACGGUCGAGGUUGUUUAUCUUUACUGCCAUUGGAAUUGAGUGUAUGAAAUUUUCGACGUCAUAUUCAUCCCAGGGCCGUUGAGUCAGUGUGAAUAUAGUCAGUCAAUCAGUGAGUCAGUCGACACUGAGAGUAUGAUAGUUUUAAAAUGUUGUUUAUAAUUUAAGUUUGAUCGGUUUCCUAUAAUGUUAUUUUGUACGAACGAGCGAUGUUGUAUAUAGUUAAAUAAAUUGUGAUUUGUACAAAGACA